UAGCUUUUUAUUUGCGGCUUAGAACGGUGCGGAAUUUACAGAAAUGCGGUAGAACUUAGAACAGUGCGAAAUUUGCAUAAACACAAUAAUAGAAAUCGAUUGAAGAAAGAUAGAAAACAACUAUUGGGAAAUGUUUUUCAGCAAGUUUUUGUUUUGUGCUCUCGUAGCGGCAUUAAUCGCACACCGGGAAACGACCGCGUCAACAGCGGCUGUGAAAGUGGAUAGGGCUAUAAAGGCAACAAAAACAAUGCCUAUAAUAGCAACAAGCAAAGAAAGCACUGUCAAUAACACAAUCGGCAUAAGCGCCACCAUCAGCAAUGUUAGCACCACUCCAAUUGCACCCACAGCCACAACAAUAGCACCCGAUGUCAACGCCGACAAUAUCUAUUGUGCGCCUUCACUCUGUGAACUCUACAAUGGCAGUCAUGUGUUGCAAGUGCCGCACAUCGCUUGCAACAACAAUAAUACCUUUGGGCCCACCUGUGGCGCUAAACCGCAUCUACUCUAUAUGAGCCAGCGAAGGCGUCAAUUUAUUUUAGAUAUGCAUAAUCUGGCUCGUGCGCGUAUCGCCUCCGGCCAGUUGGAGGGUUAUCGCGCCGCAGCUCACAUGCCAAUGCUCAAGUGGGACGAUGAAUUGGAGUAUCUGGCUACGCUGCAUGCUAAACGGUGUCAAUUUGGACAUGAUCAAUGCCGCAAUACGCCACGCUAUCAAUAUAGUGGUCAGAAUAUUGGUUACUUUUGGAUUGGUCGGGAGUUUAAGUCGCAUGUCAAGCGUAUAAAAUCGUUUAUACUGAAUUGGUUUCGCGAGUAUCGAGAUGCUAAUCAAACAUUCAUUGACAAAUACACACCGCAUCCAGACGGCAAAAAAAUCGGCCAUUUCACCAUGUUGGUCGCCGAUCGUGCGCAUCGCGUGGGUUGUGCUGUUAUACGCUAUCGGGAUCCCAGUCAAAUUAAUGACUUAAAACUAUUAAUGACAUGUAAUUAUGAUUUUACAAAUAUACUGGGCGAGUCUGUCUAUCAAAGUGGUCCAGCAGCUAGCAAAUGCAUUUAUAAGAUAAGUGAAAAAUAUCCAUCACUUUGUGACUGGAAGGAUGCUGUUUACGAAUAUGACAGUGCGGAGAGUAUCGAAGCCGAUGAUAGCAAUGCGGUCGAUAGCAGUUUUAUAAAUUAAAUUAUUUUAAUGUUCAUAUUUUAGGUUAUC